AUGCUUAGGUCCCUUGCCGCUUUAGAUCUCCCAAAAAAUAUCACCGACAUCAAUCACGCUUCGCAGACAGCGUCCAAGCACACUACGAUUCCACACACCAGCUCGCCCACUCCCGCGCACCUUUUCACUUCAGCCCUCCCCCAAACACUGCCAAACCAAACAACCGCGGCAACAACCAACCAACCAACCAUGGUCCAACUCGAAGAAGUCGAGGAUGCGGAGCUCGACCAAGCCCAACCCGGUCCCGUCGGAGACGACUACGACUCCGACGACUUUGUCGACACGGAUUCCGAGCUCUCAGACGACGAAAUCAUAUCAUCCGGCCCCCCCGCCGAAUCAAUCACAGACCGCCUCCUCGCCCUGCGCGACAUCCUGCCCCCCCGCUACCGACGCGCCCUCUCCUCCACGCUCAGCUCCACGCUCUCGGCGACGAAGACGGGCGCCUGGUGGGGCGGCAAGGGCCUCUGGGUGUUGACGACGGGCGCGGUGAUGCUGAGCGUGCCGUUCGCGGUGUGCAUGGUGGAGGAGCAGCAGAUUAUGGAGCAGGAGCGGGAGAUGAAGGCGCAGGAGGGGGCGAGGGAGGUGUUGGUGCCGGGGGUGGGGGCGGGGAGUGGGUUGUAG